AAAAGGAAAAAACCUCUUUCUCCGUAGUUGCAGCUUCACGAUACAACAAUUGUUAUUCCCAAAUCCAGAAAAAGACCGCCGUUUUCCCACAAUUCCGUUUUCUCAUUCAAUUACACCUCAAUUUUGUCCCGGUAGAUUGAUCUGCGCCAGCUAGGGCUUUGCUUAUUGUUUUCUGGGCAUCUUUCAUUUGCGCCAGUUUUAUUUUUAGCUCCAAUUUGUAGAUUUAAUUUAAGGGCCUGUGUUUUUGGGUGAGAAAAUGACAUCCACAUUUGAUAGAUGGGAAAAGGAUCCGUUUUUCUCUGCUGCAGAGGACGUUCAGGAAUCUGCCGACAGGAUGGAAUCGACAUAUAGAACAUGGAUUCAUGCCAUCAAGGAGCCCUCCGGUUCUUGGAAUUUGGAUGAGCUUCGGAGAGAUCUUCAGAGAAAUCAUGGCACAACCAAGUGGCAGUUGGAAGAAUUUGGACGUGCUGUAAGAUCGAGUUACCCUGGUAGAAGCUCGGCCGAUGAUGCAAAGGAUAGGCAUAGAAAUUUCAUUGUUGCAAUUGAGAAUCAAAUCAAAAAAGUUGAAACCUCUUUGAAUGAAUCUACAGUACGACAAGGCAAGCCUCCGUUGCCUUGGGUGCGGUUGGAUGAAGGAGAACGAAAUGAGCUUGCACUGUUUCUUUCAGGACAAUCAUUAUCUUCCCCGAGUAAACUCUAUGGAAAGCAUCAUGCUAGCCCUAGGGUGCAGGGGCAGGAAAAUUUGCGUGAGGCUGAUCAACAAGUGAAUAAUGAGUGUUCGAGGAGUUCAUCUCAUUUGGUUGAAUUGGCUCAAGUAGAGGGUAAGGGGGACAAGUUUGCAGGUCAUCGGAGGACAGCUAGUGCAAGUGCAGACAUUAGCUCAUGGAAGAUUGUGGUAGCUGAUGAUGCUCUGCACGAUUCAUCUAGUGCAAAACCUGAUCGUCCACCACGAAAGAUACCUAGUUUUUCAGGAUUCUUAAAUACCAUGGAAUCAUCCAUGUCGCAGUUGAAGUGGUCAAAGAACGGUUACAAGAAACUAAAGCUUACUGAUGAUGGGCCUCAGGAGGCUGGAGCCUCAAAUCUGACUAGAGGGAUUACUACAUGCUAUGAGAAGAGUAAAAGUUGCCUUGAAGGCUGUGAUGAUUAUGAAAAGCAAUGGUAUGGUUGGUAUGGUACUAUCCAGAGACAGCUUCAGAGAUCCCAGUAUCAUGUGCAAUAUAGCCGGCCUGUACAAUUCGUUUUCUCCGUCAUUCUCAUAUUCUGCUUACUUGUUUUAUUGGUUUUGCGUUCAAUCUGAGGAGGAGCUUCGUUUCUCCAUUCUAAUUCAUGAUUCAUCUAUGGAAAAGAUCGAGUGGGCAAUGGCUUCACCUGCCUACCCUAAAUAGAUGAUACACUGCAUUCAUAGAACUAUUUGAUAGAACUGUAAUCUAGCAUUCAUGCUUAUGGCAACACCAUGAGCAGGUCCCACUACCCUGUUUUGUUUCUUGCGUGUUGUAGCUGAUAGAGCUCGUUGUACCAUUAUAUCUUUGAAGCUGCUGCUUUUGUACCGAUAUGUUGUAGUAUCAAUCUGUGUGUUGUAGCUGAUAGAGCUCGUUGUACCAUUAUAUCUUUGGAGCUGCUGCUGUUGUACCGAUAUGUUGUAGUAUCGAUCUAUGUAGCCUUUUCCACGGCAGAAACUUACUGUCAUUUUCGCUUCUGUUGUCUCAUUGGUGUCAUGUAUCGAAGACAGCUUGUAUAUAAAUUUUUGUGACUUCUGUAUA